AUGACCGGCAACAUGCAAGGAUCGGGAGGAGGCUGUUGGCCAAACUCUCCACCUAUGGACGUCGGCGAGUCCCCUUCUCUCGCUUCGUUCGCCUAUCAACCCUCAAAAUCUCUCGGAUUGGAGACUGAAUCCCUUAGGCACCAGCAUCUCCAUGGAUCGGUUGCCGAAUCUCCCUGCGAGUGGCCGCUGAGCCCCGAACAGGAAAUGCCUGCACCGGCAGACGCCCCGCCUGUCAGUCCGGAAUUCUCUCAGGUGGAUCCGAACGCAUGGUAUCCACAGUACCUGGGAUGCGUGCAGCAUUUCCUCAACCAGGGGCAACACUCGCCGGAGGUGCAGUCACUGACAGCCUUCAUCAACAUCCGACUUCCCUGUCAGCGUCUGGGCGAUCCCGUGGUGAGCUCGUCGGGUACCCAGCCGCCCGCGGCGGCGGCGUCGCAGGUCUGUCUGCGCUCGUACAUCCGGCGUCUCAUUGUGACGGGACAUGACACGGCGGCGGUUCUACGGGCUUUUUUUGGCGAGGAGUGGCAGGCCGGUGUGGGAUGUGUUUGGAGGCAGGAGCGUAUCAACUACCUGUUCACGGCCAAGGCGGGUGGAUGGGCGUCGACCAAGGCGGCCUACGAUCUCCUUCCGGACGAGCAGACCCCCUUCUUGCGACCGCUUCAUAACGCAACGGAGGAGGAACUGCGUACGGCGGAGUCGCGAUGGAGCGAAUGGUUGGCGAUGGAGGAUUGGAUGAUGGGACCGCGCAGUCCGUGGUGA